AUGCAGCAUCAGAAAAAGCAUACGGGAUCGAAACGAUACAAAUGUGAUGCAUGUUACAAAGCCUUUAAUUUUUAUUCACUCCUUAUUCAGCAUCAGAGAGUUCACACUGGAGAGAAACCCUUUCAGUGUGAUACGUGUGGAAAUGUCUUUAGCCAAAAGUUUUACUCAUACUUGAGGAGACAUGAGAGAACUCAUAGUGGAGAGAAACCCUUCAAAUGUGAUGUAUGUGAAAAGACCUUUAGCCAAGAAGGGGUCUUGAAACGGCAUAAAAAAAUUCACACUGGAGAGAAGCCUUUUCAUUGUCAAGUGUGUGGACGUAAUUUUAUCAGUAAUUUUGAGCUUAUCCAGCAUGCAAGAAUUCAUACUGGAGAAAAGCCACAUAGAUGUGACCAGUGUGGCAAGACCUUUAGAGUUACAUCUGUUCUUAGAAUUCAUAAAAUAAGCCACUUAGAAGUGAAACCUUUUGCUUGUGAUCAGUGUGAAAAAACUUUUACGAGGAGAUUUCUCUUACAUCAGAGAGUUCACUCUGGAGAGAGACCCUACAAAUGUAAUGAUUGUGAAAAAUCAUUUAAAAGCCAAUCGAACCUUAACAAACAUCAGAAAAUUCAUACUGGAGAGAAGCCCUUUUCAUGUAGUGAAUGUGAGAAGGCCUUUACCCAGCUCAUAGAUCUUAAGCGUCAUAAACAAAUCCACACUGGGGAGAAACUUUACGUCUGUGAUAACUGUAAAAAGACCUUUGUCCGUUUCUCGGAUCUAACGCGACAUCAAAGAACCCAUACUGGAGAGAGACCCUACAAGUGUAAUGUUUGUGAAAAAACCUUUAAACAUCAGUCAAAUGUUAUUAGACACCAGAAAAGUCAUUCUGAAGAGAGGCCAGAGACACUAGAGAGGCCCUUUCCAUGUGAUGGAUGUGAAAAGACCUUUCGCUAUUACUCUGACCUUAACCGACAUAAAAAAAUUCAUACUGAAGAGAAACCUUAUAAAUGCAGUGAAUGUCAAAAGGCUUUUAACCAUAGUUCAAAUCUUAGUAAGCAUAUGAAGAUCCAUACUGGAGAGAAGUCCUUUGUAUGUGAUCAAUGUGGAAAAGCAUUCAGUCUAAAUUCGAAACUGUCUCGACAUCUGCAAACUCAUGAUAAAAAGAAACAUUGA